CCCGCAGGCGGGGCAGCCGCCAUCCUGCUUCGGUACCUGCGGGAGCAGAACCGCCCCCACAGCGCGCAGGACGCCUUCGGGAACCUGCAGCGGGAGCACGGCCUGGGCAAGACGGCUGUGGUGAAGGCCUUGGAGCAGCUGGCUCAACAGGGGAAGAUCAAAGAGAAGGUUUAUGGGAAGCAAAAAAUCUACUUUCCAGACCAGGAUCACUUUCCCAGUGCGAGUGACUCAGAACUCAAGGUCUUAGACAAUGAGAUUUCAGAUUUGUCUUGCAAAGUGCAGACCCUCCAACAGAACUGCUGUCUGAUGGAGUCAGAACUGAAAGAACUGAAGGGUUCUAUGACAACCCCAGAGAUGGUGAAAGAGAUUGAAGAGUUAAAAAAAGAUUGUGCUGAUUAUACAGAGAAACUGGAACGGAUUAAAUCUGCUGCCAAUCAUGUGACCCCUGAGGAGAAAGAAAAGGUAUAUAAUGAGAAGAAACUGUAUUGCAGAGAAUGGCGACGUCGGAAGAGAAUGGCAACGGAGCUACUAGAUGCAAUCUUGGAAGGCUACCCAAAAAGCAAGAAGCAGUUCUUUGAGGAAGUUGGCAUUGAGACUGAUGAAGAUUUCCAUGUUACUUUACCUCCCAUCUGAACUAAGGGCUCUUCUGGUAUAUGGAACAGCACCCACCUAUUUAUCAUUCAAGUUUCAGUUUGACAUCUUCCACCUCUGUAUAUUUUUUUUAAAAAAAUCCUUUGCAUGCAGUGGGGCAGGGAGGGGAAAAGCAGUCCC